AUGGAAGUGCUGAAGAGAAACAGGUAUGAAAUUUCCUGAUAAUGUCACUACACCUUAAAGUGUAUGUGCAAGGAAAAAUGAAAAAUUUCGAAAUUUGGAAAGAAAUGACCUCCCUUAACUAGGUAAAAAUAUUUUUAGUUGGUAGUAAAAGCGCUCUAAAAGUAUUGAAAAUGACCUAAAAUAUACGACAAAUACAGCUAUUUUGAAUCGUAACCUGAUGAAAGACUGGUACCGAAAAUUCCGGCCUUGUGACGUAUGCAGUGUGACACAUCGUAGUGUUUAUAUACUUGAAUGAAAACUAAUGGGAAAACUCUAGACCGCUUCCAGCAUGCAUGUAUUAUGAAAUCAGGAAGAGGUAUCCGUCUCAAAGCAACACUGGAUAUAAAUAAUCACAGCAGAGAACUGAGAACGUGAUAUAAAAAAGUGUACACUAUGUUACGUAAACUGGUAUUGUAAAUUAUAAGUAUACAUUAACCUAGUCAAAUAAAUGGUUCUUCACUCGGACUCGCGUGAGUAUGAUCGACUAAGAAGUAUAUAUAGUGCGCUCGGGCCUCCUGGUUAAUACGCCUGUUGUGAAAACAUAAUUUCUUGACUGAUAAGGCCAGAAAGGAAUCAAUUAAUUACGGCUAGAAUAGUAUUCACUAUUUGACGCAGCUAUAGUACACAACCAGUGACUAAGGAAUAAAUUGCUCGCAAACAGUAUAUAGAUACGGCACGUUUCAGCAAACCCAGUGGACGCCGGAAAACAUGACACACUUGAAGCGUAAACAAGCAAUGAGCUUUCUGUAUGACGUGCGAACUGAGGUACUUUUAUAGUACUUAUAUAAUAUAUUCCUAAUAGUUUAUUGCGUUCCGGUAUACUCAACUUCGUUUACUUUAAUUAAUUUCAUUUCGCCUAUUCUGUCAUAGUGAGAACUGUAUAAAUUCUAACUAUAUCCAACUAUUCACAAUAGACUAUAUACAACGAAAAUACUCUACAAUGUGCCACAAUUAACUAACGACAUCUGAAACCUACAUUGCUACUACAUGCAGCAUUGAUUUCGCAUUUCGGCGGCUUAUAAGCGAUAAAUCGGCGUAUGGUGAUAUCAUUGCAUUGAUUUAACCAAUGUAUCGCAUCUACAUACGGCAGAUUUAUUUGGAUUUUGUUUAAAUUAUCAAAAAAUCCCAGUUCAACGCAGUUGAAGCUACAUUGUUUAUAGUAUUUACUAGGACGAGCGCACUGUGGCACACUGCAUACGUCAUCAUGCAUGACCUCUUGGCCGCGCGAGGAGUUCAUCAGCUAAAAUUUUCAUAGCCCAACUUUAAACGCAAAAUGCACAAACUUCUAGUUCGAAGUUUUCAACAAGGUUGGCAUUAAAAUGAUCAGAAAAGAUGAAAUUUUCAGAUAAUGCAAAAAUCACAAAAUGGAAACUUUCAUUGCAUAUACACUUUAACAUAAAUGCCUUCUAUAGGGAUAACAGUUUAGAUAUACCUGUUAAGUAUUAAGAAAGUUAGUUAUCUGUUACGACAUUAUUUUCCCAACACUUCUAUAACUCCUUGAUCCUUAUAUAUUCUAUUCAGCUCACUCUCCAACAGUAUUUACAAACUACGAAAUAAUGAUUCACUGGAAGAAUAUUCAGUUUACUGUCACAUGACCGAAAUACCUGGAUGCGGGACAGGAGGCUGGACACUAGUGAUGAAAAUGGAUGGAAACAGGGUAAAAAUUAUCCUGGUUACAAAUGAAUUUUAAGCACAAUAGAUAGUAAAAAAAUAAUAAAUAAUAAUUAUACAGAAAUAAGAAAGCAUUUUCAUUUACAGGAUGAAUUCAACAACAGCUCUCCUUACUGGACAAACAAGGUACCCUACGCAGUUGACGAUGGACUUGAAGGUUUGAAUGAAAAACAAACAAAACUUGCAUCUUAUUGGAACACACCGUUUAACAAAAUAUGCCUCGGAAUGAAAGUCAAUGGUGCUACAAAAUGGAUAGCGUCAAACUACACCACAAACUCGUUACACAGUGUAAUCGAAAACGGGACUUUUAAAGAAACAAACUUUGGAAAGGAAGCAUGGAAGUCUCUUAUCGAUGGUUCGUCAUUACAAAAAAACUGUAAUCGAGAAGGGUUCAAUAUAGUCACCAAAAAUAAUGUCGAUAGAUAUGCAUUUGCUUACAACAAUGUACGGAUUGGAUUAGUGGCGAAUAAUCAAGAGAGUUGCGGAAGUUGUGACUCGUGUAUUGGUUUCGGUACUUUGGUACGUGGAUGUGAUGGCGAUGUGAGGAAUUCCGCGUGUGGUAAUAUAAUGGCCUUUUGUACUGAUCCAAAAAAUGAUAAGGACACUGCUGCAUUUGGAUACAUACUUGUACAGUAG